GCCUGAGCGAGGCCUAUUUUUAAUCAGAAACCAGCGCCCAGAGUGCCUGUGGAGAAGGCUCGGAUGGAGGGCUAGCCCGCCACUUGAGGAGUCCUCACAAAGUGGUGUGGAAGGACGGGCUUGUCCCAGGAGCCUUUCUUUGAGAUCUGUCGCCCCCUUCCAGGGAGGGUCGUUCUGGUUGCUGGGGGGAUUUUGGGUAAGGGUUGCCUGAGCCUGGGGAACUAUAUCUGAAACCCAUCGCUCGGCCUCCAAGCGGUGACUCCCAGGCCGCCACGCAUGAGCCCGGGCCAAACGGUGGCCUGGCCGCCCUCCUACAGGGAUCCUUCCAGGAGCUCUUUAGGGACCGGCGUGUGGCAGUGAGGAGCAAGGAGAUGAAUGUAGCAGCCAAGUACCGCCAGGCCUCCCUGUAUGUGGGCGACCUCCAUGCAGACGUCACCGAGGACCUUCUGUUCAGGAAGUUCAGCGCCGUGGGGCCCGUGCUGUCCAUCCGCAUCUGCAGGGACCUGGUCACCCGCCGCUCUCUGGGCUAUGCCUACGUGAACUUCCUGCAGCUGGCAGAUGCUCAGAAGGCCCUGGACACCAUGAACUUUGACCUGAUAAAGGGCAAAUCCAUCCGUCUCAUGUGGUCUCAACGUGACGCCUACUUAAGGAAAUCUGGAAUUGGGAACGUGUUCAUCAAGAAUCUGGACAAAUCCAUUGACAACAAAACCCUUUAUGAGCAUUUUUCAGCUUUUGGGAAGAUCUUAUCCUCCAAAGUGAUGAGUGAUGAUCAAGGCUCCCGGGGCUAUGCAUUUGUGCACUUUCAGAACCAGAUUGCGGCCGACAGGGCCAUCGAGGAGAUGAAUGGGGCGCUGCUUAAGGACUGCAGGCUGUUUGUUGGCAGAUUCAAAAGCCGCAAAGAUCGGGAAGCCGAGCUCCAAAACAAAGCCAAUGAAUUCACCAAUGUUUACGUCAAAAACUUCGGAGAUGACUUGGAUGAUGAGAAAUUGAAGGAAGUUUUCAGCAAAUAUGGCAAAACCCUAAGUGUUAAGGUGAUGACAGAUUCCAGUGGGAAAUCCAAAGGCUUUGGCUUUGUGAGUUUUGAUAGCCAUGAGGCUGCCAAAAAGGCUGUUGAAGAAAUGAAUGGAAAGGACAUAAACGGACAGCUGCUUUUUGUAGGCCGGGCACAAAAGAAAGCAGAGCGACAGGCUGAGUUAAAGCAAAUGUUUGAGCAGCUGAAACAGGAAAGAUUUCGUCGGUGCCAGGGGGCGAAGCUCUAUAUUAAGAACCUCGAUGAGACCAUUGAUGAUGAAAAACUUCGAAGGGAAUUUUCUUCAUUUGGAUCAAUUAGCAGAGUUAAGGUAAUGCAGGAAGAAGGGCGAAGCAAAGGAUUUGGCUUGAUCUGCUUCUCCUCUCCUGAGGAGGCCACGAAAGCAUUGACUGAGAUGAAUGGCCGCAUCUUGGGCUCCAAGCCUCUCAACAUCGCCCUGGCCCAGAGGCCCUAGGAGAGGAAAACUUACUGCACCAGCCAGUGUUUGCUGCAGGUUGGGUAGGGAAUGUUAGUGAUCUCUGCCUGAAUUGUCCUCAGUAAAUUUCAGAUCCCAGCUGAUGGCUUCUUAGUUUGGUAAACAUUGUGAUCAAAGGUUUUGUAUAUAAAGCUAUUUCAUUUUCUUCCGAGGAAAAAUAUUUGAACCUUAGAAGCCCAGUUCUUUUUACAGAAGCACACCAUUUAAUUACAAUAUUAUGUAUUUUUCUGAUUUUAAUGUAGUGUUCAGAGCAAAAGUAUAGUUAGAUAUAUUUUAUUGUAUUUUGA